AUGGAACAACAUUUAAAUGGAAAAUCAAAAUCCCAAUUAGAUUUAAGCAACGUCGACUCUAGCGAACGAAUACUGGAUUCUGAUCAGCAUAAUGAAUUGGAGAGAGGGGUGGAGGCGCGCGUCCUCACGAAGCGCGGCGAAACCAGUGUGGGGAUGCCUGGGCCUAGUGGGUUGUCGGCGGCAACGUCUGUAGACAGCCUCAUGACGGUCCAGUCAUUCGAAGAGGACCGUUUGUGGGCUAAACGCAAACGGUCCUCUGGGGCGAGUUGCUCAGGCUCUUCGACGGAGGAGGGGCAUACCCGAUCUAGGCGAAACGCUCCAAAAAGGGGCAGAGGGCGGCCCCAGUCUGCUGCGUCGAACAUGGCUUCUGCAAGGAAGACCCUGGCGGAUAUGGCCACUGCAAGAAAGGCCUUGACGUUUUCGAGGGAAGAACCAAAGCUCGGGGCUGAGAGGGUGACAAGACAAGUCACGAGAAGCUUGCGAGCCUCUCGGGUCGCGGAGUCAGGAGACGGGCAGACUGAUGAGGAAUGUACCGCUGCGCUUCGACGCCGCGUCGAUGACAGUCUCAGUGCUAUUGAGCAGCGCUCUGCCUCUGAGGAGGCGCGGCAGCUGCAGUCUUAUAACACCCGCUUACAGGCGGAGAUAGAAGGGUUGCGUAAAGAGGUGGGAGAGUUGAGAGCCACUUUGAGGUCUGUACAGCCUACUCAGACGGACUCCGAUCUAACUGCGAAUAUCAUGCGUCAGGUCGGAGACAUGCUGAGCGCUCGGUUUGAAACGCUGGAGGAGCGCCUCCUUCCCAAACGGCGUGUAAGGCCGCCGCUGGCGGCGGAUAGUAGGGCUGAGGGGAUGGCGGUUGACCAAGCGUCAACCGAGGACUUCCCCCCCCUCCCGCCGUCAAAGGCUCCUGCGAAGGCGCCUGGUAAAGCCACUGCGCCAACGCCAGCGAAGAAGAAAAACGCUGCUAUUCAGCAGGCGAAGCCCGGACCUGCACCAAAAGCAAGCGGAAAGGGAAAGGGAAAGACUGCGCAGCGACCGGCUAGCAACAUGGCUGCCAAUGAGUCUGUGCCCUCGACAUCUUCCGUUCCCCAGCAACAGCAGUUAGAGCAGGGAUGGACUAUAGUGGAGAGGAAGAAGGGUGGGGGGAAAAAGAAAAAGGGGCCGGCACAUAAACGCAGGAAAGCGCGUAAGCUCCGUGCUCCCUCAUCCUCUGCUGUAGUUAUUACACUGCAGCAGGGCGCGGAGGAACGAGGCGUCACCUAUGCCUCAGUAAUGGCAGGAUCACGUGAGAAGGUGGACCUUGCUGAAAUUGGGGUCAAGGAGAUGCGCUUUAGGCGUGCUGCGACUGGGGCAAGGAUUUUGGAGAUCCCCGGCGUGACAAGCUCGAGGGAGGCGGAUGCUCUUGCUGCGAAGUUACGAGAGAUAUGGGAUGAGGACACUGUCAAGGUUUCCAGGCCGGUGAAAUGCGCAGAAGUGCAGGUUACCGGUCUGGAUGACUCGGCGGCUGUUGGGGAUAUCGUGGCUGCGAUCUCUCGGGCGGGGGAAUGCCCCGUUGAACAAGUCAAGAGCAGCGGUCUGCGCAUAGGCCCUCGCGGCUCGACGACGGCUUGGGAGAACUGCCCAGUGGCCGCUGCAAAAAGGGUUGCGAAGGUGGGGCGCGUGCUGGUUGGAUAUCGGCGAAAGUCUCGUUGA